AACAUCGGCAACUGCCUGUCUGGACUGGGUACAAGGGAAGGUUCCUCGGAGCGCUCUGCACAGCCGCAGCACCUCUCUCUGUCCAGUCAGGAACACCAGCAGGUGUCCCGGCGGCAGACGUUUGUGGAUCUUACACGUCUUCAAGUACGCCUCUCUCACAUAGGAGGUCGGAGUUCGUCUGCUGAAAUGAACCGUCACCGGAAACUGUCGAGACUCCACCUA